AUGCAAAAGGAAGGAGCCAAUGGGACAAAGGCCGUGGAUUCCUCCGCCGCAACCGCUGUUCCGCCAUAUCAGAAUUCACAGUCGAACGUUUGUCUCCUCUGGCCGUGCUUUACUGGUUCGUUGGGAGAUCUCCGUUCAUUAGAACAUCCUCACAACCGAUUCCGACUAGUCCAAGUCAAUCAGUACAAAAUGCGUGAGUGCAUCUCCAUCCAUGUAGGACAAGCUGGGGUGCAGAUUGGGAAUGCAUGUUGGGAAUUGUAUUGCCUGGAACAUGGGAUCCAGCCAGAUGGGCAAAUGCCCUCUGACAAGACCCUUGGAGGAGGUGAUGAUUCUUUUAAUACCUUCUUCAGUGAGACAGGGGCAGGAAAACAUGUCCCCCGGGCUGUCUUUGUGGAUCUGGAACCCACUGUUGUGGAUGAAGUGGCCACAGCUGUGGUAGAGCCAUACAAUUCCAUCCUGACAACACACACAACCCUGGAGCACUCUGACUGUGCCUUCAUGGUGGAUAAUGAAGCCAUUUAUGACAUCUGCCGAAGGAACCUGGACAUUGAGAGGCCAUCAUACACCAACCUGAAUCGAUUGAUUGCACAAGUUGUAUCCAGCAUCACAGCAUCUCUUCGUUUUGAUGGAGCCUUGAAUGUGGAUCUCACAGAAUUCCAGACCAACUUGGUCCCAUAUCCACGAAUCCAUUUCCCCCUUGCCACAUAUGCUCCCAUCAUCUCGGCUGAGAAAGCAUACCACGAACAACUCUCUGUCUCAGAGAUCACCAAUGCCUGCUUUGAACCAGCAAAUCAGAUGGUGAAGUGUGACCCUCGACAUGGAAAGUAUAUGGCAUGUUGCAUGCUGUACCGAGGGGAUGUGGUCCCAAAGGAUGUAAACGCAGCUAUAGCUGCCAUCAAGACCAAGAGGACAAUCCAGUUUGUUGAUUGGUGCCCAACAGGAUUCAAGGUGGGCAUCAAUUAUCAACCUCCUACUGUGGUCCCUGGUGGAGACCUUGCCAAGGUGCAGCGGGCUGUCUGCAUGUUGAGCAACACAACUGCCAUUGCUGAGGCUUGGGCUCGACUGGAUCACAAGUUUGACCUGAUGUAUGCCAAGAGAGCCUUUGUCCAUUGGUAUGUGGGUGAGGGGAUGGAAGAAGGGGAAUUCUCUGAGGCCCGUGAAGAUCUUGCAGCUCUCGAGAAGGACUAUGAAGAAGUCGGUGUGGAUUCCACAGAGGAAGGAGAAGAGGCAGCCGCACCAAAGCGCAAUAUCACAACACUGCAACAGACGUGGAGGUAUAAUGAUGGCAGCUUGCAUGACCAGCAAUUGGCGAUUGCCCUUGAACAGUUCUUGGUGAAUUCACCUAUUUCAUUACGAUUCAGUGACAAGAUUGCAGAAAGAAGUGCGAAGAUGAUAGUUUACGCAAUGCUGGUUCGGGUGAGCGACGGCAUGCCUCUGUGUGAUGCCACGGCUAUAAAUGGACUAAAUUCUAGGGAAUUCCUUGACUCCAAGAGGUAUAUGAAGCUCUUGGCCAAGAAGUUGACGAAUUUCUCUGAUCGCUGCAUGCUUCGCCUGUCUUUUCACACCGUCUCGUUGGUGAAUGCUCCAAGUGUAGGUGUAGCCUGCAUGUCACUGAGUGAAUCCAACUAUCCAUGUGCCUUGGCAUUUAGUUUCCUCAAUGAACUUCUCAAGGAGUUCAUUCAGCGAUAUGACAAGUACCGAGUCUCCACUGCCCAGAGGCCAUAUGCAUUCAUUGAGUUUGAUGAGACGAUUUUGCGUCUUCGGCAACGCUACAACUCAUCUACCCUGGGUGGGAAAAUCAAUGUUGAGGCAUUGAAUGCUGAAAUCCAAUUGAGGCCUCCUCAAGUCCUCCGAAUCACUGACUUGGACCCAUCUUCUAAUGGUAUCAUAGGACAUGCCAAUGGCAAUGUUUUCAGGCAACUUCCUGGCCAACCAUAUCCAACUGUUGUGAGAAAAGGGCCACAAUUGGAGCCUUUGAAGAGAAAUGGGAAGGCUUCUGUCAUUAUGUGUUUCCUUUGUGCAUUCCUCAAUGCUUAUCGAGGCCUUUCAGCAUUGCAUGGACCAGGUAUAGAUGAGGGAGGAGGUGGCUUUGGCUUUGGUCCUCUGUUACUUUUGGAGGCUGCACUUGAAAUCUGUCAAGCCUAUCUGCUCCUGUACUACCUGAAGCACCGCAAGUGGCUGAGUGCUGCAAUUUCCAGUGAAUCGACACCUUAUUCAAGGCUCUAG